AUUUGGAUGGAUCUUUUACUGUGAUUUGUGGAAUUAUUUUAGUCUGCUUGUAGAUAAUUUAAUAUAUCCAAAAUUUCAAAAAAAAAACACAAAAAACAUGGACAAUAAAAAAAUUCGACUAGCUAGUCCAAAUACAGUGAAUGAAUCUAAUAAUACUUCGAUCAAUUCCAAUCAAUCAUCAGUACCACCAAUAACAACAUCGAAUUCGAAUGAAUUAAUUUUUCCUUUUUUAAACAAUCCACUACCGAUCCCUCCUCAUACUCAUCCGAUUGGAUUAUUUCCACCCAACAUGGCCAUAUUUCCACAUUUAAAUCCAUUCUCGUUUUCACCGAUUCCUUUUUCAUCUCCUUUCGGAUUACAAUGGCCACCACCACCACCACCAUUUAUUCAACCAUCAACAACAUCUAUUCCACCAAUGGCAAGAAUAUUGCCGCCACCGCCACCACUGCCUGCUUUCAAUCGAAUGACUACGACAACGACAACAACAAUCAUUGAAAAUAAUCCUAACAAUGUUAUACGACCACAAACUCCAUGUUCAAAUUCCAGUACCACGAAUGUGAUCAAAAACCAAAAUUGUAUUCAUAAUAAUAAUAGACAUCAUCAUAUUGUAUCCAAAUCUUAUAGUCAUCGAGAUGAUGAAAAACGAAAUAAUAAUCGAUCAUCAUCAUUUGAUCGUUAUAAAAAUGAUGACACUCGAACAAGAUCUAAUCGUUUUAAUAAUGGUGGUGGCGAUGAUGAUGAUGAUGAAAAAUACAUGAAUAAAAAUAAAAUUCAAGAAAUAAUGGAUCAAAUUUACUCGAAAAAAAUCCUUUAUAAACGAUCAACACCAUUAGAACCUUAUUAUAAACAAAAACCGUUGAUUGUUGAUAAAGAUGAAAUCAUUCAAACUAUUGAAGGCACACAACAAUUGAUCGAUCUUAGAGAUAAAUUCAAAAAUGAAAUUCUAUCACGUGCCGAACGUUUUCGAUCAUUAAAACCAGCGUUUAGUUUUCCAAAACGAAAAAUCAAACUGAAAGCACAUAAACAUCAUCAUGAUAAAUGCGGAUAUUCAUGUGCAAGCGAUGAAAGUGAUUUUGAUGAUAGUAGUGAUUUCAGUGAUGAUUCUGAUGAUGAAAAUGAAAAUAGUUCAAUGAAAGAAUUGGAGAGGAAAAAGUCUCAUCCAUAUCGAUUACAUGAAGAACUUUGGUAUAAUGAACCCGGUGAAAUGAAUGAUGGCCUAUUAUGUCGUUGUAGUUUGAAAGCACAACGUAGUGGCAUCCGACAUGGUAUAUAUUUAGGUGAAGGACAUUUACCUCCAUGCGAUCCAAAUACGAAUAAUCGUCAUCGGCUUUAUCAUUAUGUUGUAUCGAUUAAUCCGAAAAUUAAUUUUCUCGCCAAUGCACCAACGAAAAUCAAACAUGAUGAUCAUAUUUAUUAUUUCGAAGGCUAUUCAUUAUUCUCACAUUUUCCGAUACCGAAUUCAUUUCCAUCAUGUAAAAUUAUACGCUAUAAUAUUGGCUAUGAAAUUACAUUCGUUGAAGAUGAUUUUCCACAAAAUUUUUGUGUCGGUGAUCUUGAUCUUAUGUUUGAUUAUAUUUUCUUGGAACUAUUAGAAUUGGUCGAUCUUAAUGUUAAAGCUAAAGAUGAUGAUAAUGGUUGUAAUCGUUUCCAUUUCAUGCCAAGAUUUGUUCGUCUACUAGAAAAUGAUGGUAAAGAAUUACUUUCAAUGAGUUUGGUACUCGAAUAUUUGUAUCGAAAAUCUCAACCAUUAAUUGAUGACUCAAAAUUAGACCACUAUUCUCGUAUGACCAUACAUGAAUGGAAUACAUUUGCAACGAAACAUAAAGGAUAUCUGAUCACAUGUCCAUCAAUGAAACCAUGUUCGAUACGUGUCGAUCAAGUUGACCGUGAAAAAGAUGAUAUCGUUGAUGACGAUAAUAAUCGAAAUGCCGAUCAAAGUCGUGAUGAUGAUGAUGAUAAAUUUCCCGUAAUUGUUCACUUUGGAAUUCGUCCACCGCAAUUAAGUUAUGCUGGAAAUCCUAAAUAUCAGAAAGCAUGGCGUGAUUAUGUGAAAUAUCGUCAUCUAUUGGCCAACAAGGAAAAAGUUACAUAUGAUGAUAAAGAAAUCCUAUUGCAAAAAGAAGAAAAACUACAGGAAAUGCGAUCAAAAAGUGAUCUAAAACGUGAUGUAACAGUGGUAGUUAGUAGUAAAGGAUUCUAUUGUACAGGUCUGCAAUGUGACAUUGUUCAACAUUCAUUGAUCAUUCCCGUAUUAAUUAGUCAUUUAAGAUUUCAUUAUUCCUUGCAACAUCUCGAAAAGAUCAUUGGAUAUACAUUCAAUGAUCGAUCAUUGUUGCAACUUUCACUUACACAUCCUUCUUAUAGAGAAAAUUUCGGUACAAAUCCGGAUCAUGCCCGUAAUACGUUGACCAAUUGUGGUUUACGUUAUCUUGAAUAUGGUGACCGAAAGGUACAUUUCAUGAAUACCCGUAAGCGAGGCAUUAACAUGUUGAUCAAUAUUAUGUCACGGUUCGGGUGUAAUGAGGAGACCGUUUCGAAUAUCAACCAUAAUGAGCGUCUAGAAUUUCUGGGCGAUGCUGUCGUCGAAUUUCUAACAUCUAUUCAUCUUUAUUUUCUAUUUCCCGAUCUGGAAGAAGGUGGCCUUGCAACAUAUCGUGCUGCAUUGGUACAGAAUCAACAUCUGGCCGUAUUGGCACGUAAAUUACAAUUGGAAAAAUUUAUGCUUUACGCUCAUGGAUCAGAUCUAUGUCAUGAUCUUGAACUAAGACAUGCAAUGGCCAAUUGUUUUGAAGCAUUUAUGGGUGCAUUAUUUCUUGAUGGCGGUAUCGAUGUUGCUGAUCGCGUUUUUUCCUCUACAUUAUUUGAUGGUGAUGAUGAACAAUCUGGAUUAUUGCACAAGAUAUGGGUGAAUUAUCCACGCCAUCCAAUACAGAUACAGUAUCCGAAUGGUGAUCGUCAUCUAAUUGAUAAGGUAAAUCGUCUUCAGGAAUUGGCAAAAUUCGAACAAAUGACUGGUAUCGAAUUUCAACAUAUCCGACUGUUGGCACGUGCAUUCACACAUCGUAGUGUUGGCUAUAAUAACCUAACAUUGGGUUCAAAUCAACGAAUGGAAUUUCUCGGUGAUACUGUUCUACAAUUAAUUGCAUCCGAAUAUCUUUAUAAAUAUUUUCCCGAUCAUCACGAAGGACAUUUAUCAUUAUUACGUAGUUCAUUAGUGAAUAACAAGACACAGUCGGUUGUUUGUGAUGAUCUGGGCAUUAUCGAUAUGACACAAUAUAAUUCGAUAAAAUCCGAAUUAAAAACAAAAGAUCGUGCUGAUUUAUUGGAAGCAUUUAUUGGUGCACUUUACGUGGAUAAAGGUAUUGAUUAUUGUCGUACAUUUUGUGAGGUUUGUUUCUUUCCACGAUUAGAACAAUUCAUUAUGAAUCAAGAUUGGAAUGACCCGAAAUCAAAACUACAACAAUGUUGUCUAACAUUACGAUCGGCCGAUUGUGGGGAACCAGAUAUUCCUACUUAUAAGGUCAUUGAUAGUAAAGGUCCAACGAACACACGAAUCUAUGAGGUUGCCGUCUAUUUUCGUGAUGAUCGAUUAGCCACUGGAAAAGGUCAUAGUAUACAGGAAGCUGAAAUGAAUGCCGCCACUAAUGCUCUUCGAUUAUCCAAAGAACUUUUUCCACAUCUAAUGCUGCAGAAACGAGUCAUACAACGAAAUAUAAUCAAAACAACGACAAUAAAAGAUUCACGUGAUGGUGAAACAUCAUCAUAAUAAUAUGGAUGA